AAAUAUAAAGCGGCAGUGUGGGCAUAUCGCAGUACAAUUACAAAUGCCGGAGUAUCUUCACGUGAUUUAUGCAUUUUUAUUCUCUAAAUUUAGCAUAAUCCUAGAUAAAGUCAACCUGGGAGUUAAAUUAGAAAUGUAGAUUUGUUUUAAUUUUAAUAUAGGCCUAAUGUAUAGACCAAAAUGAAACCUCUCCCUCAACAAAACAAAGGAGCUGAUCGUGGACUAUACAAGAGACAACAGAGAGAGCACGCCCCAUCCACAUUGAUGGGGCCGCAGUAGAGAGGGUCAAACGCUUCAUGUGCCUCUUCGGCGUGCACGUCACCGAGGACAUGAAAAUGUCACCCCACACCGAGAUCGUUGUGAAGAAGGAGAAAUAACCCCUCUUCAACCUCAGAAGGCUGAAGAAAUUUGGCUUGGUCCGUAAGAGUCAUCGCUACAAAAGCCUUGUCGGGAACAGAAGACCUAGUUCAGGUCACUUCCCUGGAAAUGUGUGUGGACACUCAGGAGAGCACUCUGGGCAACUUUGGUGCCUACUUGCCCAAGCUGGUGCAGCUGAAAAUGAACAACAGUAUAAUAAUGUCAGUGAGGGACCUGGGAACCACGCUGUCCCUUCUGCAGGUGCUGUGGAUGUCUCGCUGCAACCUGGCAGACCUGGAUGGGAUCCCCUCCUUCUCCUCUCUCAAGGAGCUGUAUGUGGCCUACAACAGUGUGUCGGACCUGAGUCAGGUGAGCAUGCUGGAGAAUCUACAGCUGUUGGACCUGGAAGGGAAUGAUGUGAAUGACCUGGUGCAGGUGCAGUACCUGGGCCUCUGCUCCCAGCUCCGCACACUUACCCUGGAGGGAAACCCCGUCUGUAUGUGCCCCCACCCCAACGCCACACAGGAGGAGGAGGAGGGGUACUGCUACCGGUCAUCAGUGAGGGAGCUGGUCCCGCAGCUGCGUUACCUAGACGACAUGCAUGCCAGGGAGGAGGCGGGGUCUCGCUGUAGCAGCUCCAUGGGGGAAGACUGGGCCCUGCUCAGAGAGUCUUUUAAAGACUGCAGCUCUACAGAGACAGCUGAGGAGAAGAGAGCAGCCAGUGUGUGUGUCUACUCCAGACCCAGCUCUGGCCAGCACCUAGCUAGCAGCCUCUCCGGUUCCCGUCCCUCCAGCCGACCAGUCACUGCCAGGCCCCUCUCAGCAGCCGGCUCCAGACCCCUCUCUGGGUCGCGACCCUUAUCAGCGGCUGGGUACAGAGCCCUCUCCCCUCCCGGGUCCAGAUCUGGUUCUGCUGAUGCAGAUCUAGUCUCUGUGGACCCAGACGCUAGCGUUCUGACGCACGGUGCAGGGAAGGUCUUGUUCUGUGGGAGCCCUGUCCAGGCCCUCAGAGCCAGGCGACAGAAGAUGAGGAAUGCAGCCCCCUCCCCUGUGUCCACUCCUAGCACCCCGCCCCUCCAUGUUCCGGAGCACAACUAUGACCUUGAGGAGCAAGAAGGAUGCCAGGGCAGUGAUGUGUUCUCUGAGCUCAGGGCCUGGAGGGAACAGCAUAACAAACGUCUAUUAGCCAUGGAGAGGGAUGGGCCUCAGAUACUGACCAUCCUCAAUGGUGAUGAAGAGGAGGAUGAUGAAAGUCUCAGCAUUUUCAGUGGCAAGGAGGAAGAAGAGGGAAAAAAAGAGAGCGCUGGUUUGAGUCACUGGUUAAACACUGACUCGACAGACUCCUCUUCCCAGUCCCCCUCUCCAGAUGUGUUUCCGAGAGAAGCCAAAUCCCCUGAAGUGGCCCGGCUCUCCCUGUCCCCUGACUGCACUCUGUCGCCCUCUCCCCCUCAAAGUGCCACAUCAGCCCCUGGUAGCCGGAGGCUGUCAGUGCUGCGGGCACACAGACUGAGGCUCAGUGGUGGGGUGGCUGGGGCUGUUGUAAGGCCUGCUGAAGACCAUACAGACUCAGAGACGGUCACAGGAGUCCGCAUCUUGGAGAGCCAGGGGCUCCAGGAGGCUGUGAGGCCUAAAGUCCCUCUGCUGCCCAAGACUACUUACCACAUGCCCCACAGGCCAGCCUCCAGCCCACUGGUCAGAGGGCUCAGGUCACCAACAGGUGGAGCUUAUGUGCAGUCUGUCAAUGGGCUUCAACCAAUUGUCUUGUGCAGACCACCAGGGAGGCCGGCCAUUAUGCGUCCUCACGUGGCCAAGGCAGCUCUGCAGAAAACGCCACAGUGUCUCACACUCCAGCCCAGCAGGGGGAACUCUCACUUAGACUAAGCCACACACUGUCUGGGAUUGUUUCCUGAGAGGGGAACACUCAAAACAGGAGCUGAGGCAGAGAUGGAGAUUGUCCUCCAGGUCCCUGCUCUUCUGAGCUGAGCCAACUUGUGAUGUGAAGACUUCCUUAGAGUGCAGUGACAAGUCUCCCUCUGUUAUGUUUAGGAAAGAGGACCCUGGGGGCUGGAUUACAUCCAACUGUCACCUGGAGAAUGGAACAUAAAAGCUGUGGAAUCCAAGUGUGAACUUGCUAUCUCAGUGUUCUGACUUCCUCUGAUGGACAGUUAGAGAAUCACCUGCAUCCCUCUGCUCUCUCAGCUCAGCACAGUACAGUACUGACAAUGACUCUGAUACUGAGCUCACAUUGGCUUUACUAAGGACAACAGCUCUAUUUGAAAAGGUUUAUAGUUUGGUCGAAGAUAUAUUUCUUGGAAUGGCCUUUAAAUUGAAUUAGUAUGCUUUUCACAAUGCUGAAUUUUUGUGGGACUUAAGUGUGUUUCACAUGUCUCAUAUAUGUGUUUUUCAGUUUGAAUGACAUUUUGUACUGUUUUUAUUCACAAGUACUACCUUAUCCACACCUUAAAUAAAAACAUAGUUUGAUCAACAAAUCUUUCCUUUAAUGGAACAAUUUGAUCUUGACUAGCUUAGUAAGAUCAAAUGUCUUAGUUGUUAAAUCACAUCUCUAGAGUUUGAAUCUAUCCAGGUUUGUUAAGAUAUAAAGAAAGCGUGUAGAGUCCAAUCAAGGAUUAUUCUCCAAUGGAAGAAAUGUAUCAUCUUUCACUUCACUUUCUCCAACUUUGUGGUGGUGUGGCAAUAUUAUGCCACUUGGGGGCGCCAUAUAACUCACUAACUCACUACUGCCCCUACUGUGUUGUCAAGACUGCUUCCAUAAAACUACUCAAGACUCACAUUCUACUCUCUGCUUUGGGCCGGAUCAAAGAGAGAGUUUAACAGCAAAAGCAAUUAAGACAUCACUAAAUUAAAUAGUGUGUGUAAAUAUAACUGUGUCUGAGUGCUUUAGGUCAAUACUUAACACUACUGGAGUUUUUUCCAAAUAUUUGGGAAAACUAGUAAAGUUAGUUGGCCAGUGUGUCCCUGCUUCGGGAAAUAGUGCUGAGCUGCUGGAAAAGGGCCAGUGCUAUUGUGAAGCUUACAGUGGGAAGAUCAGGACCAGAGGGGAAAACUGAUCCUAAAUCAGUUCCUACGGGUAGAUAGUAAUACGAGUACUGUUUGUUUUGACUGGAGAAGCUGUGUGACAGCCUCCUCCUCACGUGGCAUCCAUUGUGGACAACAGGUGCAGGGCCGUAACCAGGGUUUCAGUUUUAAUGAGGCCGGGAAGGGGAUGGAGGAGGAUAUUUUUUUUUUAAGUUGAAGCUCAUUUACUGCAUUUCUAUACAAUUAAAACAACUUUAAAAUGGUAUUUGGAGAAUAGCAAAAACAAGAAAAAAUGACCCCAGACAUUAUCACCUUGGCUGCUGUAGGCUUAUUCACCUCAGUCGAUCUACAAACACAGCCUAUUAGCUAUACAAUUGUAAUGUUAUACCUCUGAAAAGGGGGGAAACAUGAUAAAUUAUUCACACUGACAUGUAGCAUCAGCAUCGAAACUAAAAUGUACUACAUUUUUAGAACUGUAUUGAUUGCAUUUUAAUGUAGCCUUAUAGAGAAGAUAUGCCAUGUUUAUUAUUUAUUUAUUUCACCUUUAUUUAACCAGGUAGGCUAGUUGAGAACAAGUUCUUAUUUACAACUGCGACCUGGCCAAGAUAAAGCAAAGCAGUUCGACACAUACAACAACACAGUGUUACACGUCCAGAUUGUCCAGAUUGUCUAGCCCAGCUGAUUUGUACAGGUCCAGGUUUUGCAUGUGGAGAUAAGAUUAGUACAGAUUUUCUCAGGGGACCCCAACCCUAAGUUUGGGAACCACUACACUAACCUCUCUGACCCUCUCUCUGCUUGCUUCCUCUCUGUCUCUGUCUCCUCUAGUUCCUCCUGCAUGCAUUGCAGCCUGCCUCCGCCUCACCACUGAGUGCCAUAUCGCCCACUGUCUGUCUCUGUAGUAGCCUACUCUCUGUAAAGCAAAGUUAUUACGAGAACUUAGUUGUGUAGUUUUUGCUCUUGCUGAGUUAGACUUCGUUUAACGUUAGCCUCUUAUUUCCUCCUAGCAAGCUAAGUGAUACUAACCAGAGCCCUUCAACGUUACUGCCAGUUUCGGCCAAUAGAAGUCUCUGCCAGAGGCUAUCCCCCUGACUGACAUAUUUAUAGUCGACUUGUUUGCAGUUGUGCACUCAUUCUCCCAGAGUCCGUUUGUUUGGGGGAUGUCCAUUGCCAGCACCCCCUGAAAAAUCAGAAUACAUUUAUUAUAUAUAUAUACCUCUAGAGCAGGCAAAAUACUUUUUGGUUGUAUAGUUAAGAACAGUAUCUUGCAGGAUUCAAUAGUUAGAAUUGUAUGAGUUGUUGCCCUGUCCCUUUCUCUGUGAUUGUCAUUCUAAUGGAAUCCAGAAAGAACAAAACCUUGUCCUCAAACAUUUAUAUCAAAAGGUGCAAAGAUACAAAACUUCCACAUCAAAUUAA